CGGCCGCGAGAAUUGAGCUGUUUUGUAAUUUAGUCUCAAUUCCCUUGGGGAUUUUAUCGAUUGAUUGGAACAGAACCGGGCCAGAAGAACAUUCGAAUAAUUUGUAAGACAUAAAGUGUUUAACUGUGCAACAUGACUGGACGUGGCCGUAACCAAGGAACGAAGCUCGAAAGUACCAUCGAGCAGUGUCGCAGUGAAGGACGAUGGAAACGAGUGAUCGAACUGGCCGAAGAACUAAAAACGGGAUAUCCGCAAGAAUGUCUCGCCAACUUUCUCACUGGCGAAGGAAAGCUUGAAUGCUACCUUGAAGAGCAUCCGCCGAUAGAGGACAACUACUCCAAAGCCAAACUGGGACUAUCCGAGGCUAAGCGCUAUUUGAACUCCGUCACUGGUGAGAACGGAAAGAAGGCUGGCUUUGCAUUGGAUGCACAUUUGCUACUAGCUAAGCUGUACUUCGCAUGCGGUCAGUAUGAAGAGUCACUGCAGAACUUUGUGCUGGCGGAAUUGAACACACUUUCGGAGAAGCAUCUUUCGUCAAGAAGCAUACGAAUUCUUGCUGAAUCGUACGCCAUCAAGGGCAUGUGUUUGGAGAAGAAGGGCUCCAAAGCACCGUCCAAGUUUAAGCAGGCCGAGCAGGAGACGGAAAUGAUAACUUGCUUUGAACGAGCGGCCGAUCUCGGUAUCCUUUACCUACAGGGUCAGGACAAUAACAAUCAGGGCGAAGUGCGUCGAAUGGGUGCAAUCCUCGAGACAGGUCUGCAGAGGGCACCGAUCGUACUGAUAAAGGCAGGCAAACUGCAAAACGCCAUUGACCGUUACCGGGUGAUGUUGAGUGCGAUCGAAACGAAGGCAACUCAAACGUUGCGGCUUACCCUUGCCCGGCAGCUGGCGGAAGUUUUGUUGCGUGGCGUAUCAGGUACUAUUUACACACUCCCGGCUAGUAACACUCCGACGCGCAGUGCCUCGGGUAGUAACAAACGUCUCUGGGAGCCGCGCAAAUAUUCCGGCCGGCAACAAUUCAUCCCGAAGAAUCAACACGAAGAAACGAUCCUUUUAUUGCUUAUCGCGGAAACCCUCGCCGUUCGGGAUGCCGUUUUGUCACAAUCGCCCGAAUUCCGCGAUGCACGCUUACAUUCGCUUGGUAAUGCGACGGCAAUAUACGAUCUAAUGACGUUGGCCACCGUACGAUGGAAUCAAGUUGCACUGCUUCACGAUUCGCUCGAGAAAGCAUUGAAAUUUGCGUUUGGGGAAAGUCACGUGUGGAAGCAGUACGCCACCUGUCUGAUGGCCCUCGGGCGCUACAAACAUGCCGUUUGUGCUCUCAAACAACAUUCCAACCUAGAGCCUGGGGAUAGUGUGUCAUGCCUAAUGGCUGCCCGCGUUUGCUACGAGCAUUUGGAUCAGGUGAAGGAGGGACUUGCUUUCGCCGAAGAUGCUCUGCGGAAAGAGCUGAAAAGUCCUAUUGGACGAAGAUCGCGUGCUCAGCUUUACGUCGGUAUUGGACUGCAGCAGAUGGCCGUAUCAUCGAAUUUGGUUUCGGAGCGGGAUCGCUACAAUCGGCUUGCGUACGAGGCGCUAGAGCGUGCUGUCCAGCAGGAUCCAAACGAUCAUCUGGUUGAGUAUUAUUUGGCCUGCCAGCAUGCCCACAAUUACAACAUUACGGAAGCACUGGUGCACAUAACGACAGCACUGUCGCUGCGUGCCGAACAUGCAUCUAGCUUAUUGUUGUUCGCUCUACUACUAACGGCAAACCGUCGUCCAAAGGAAGCACUCGCUGUGGUUCAGGAUGCAGUCGAAGAGUUCCCGGACAAUUUGAAUCUGCUGCACGUAAAGGCACACCUUGAGUUAUAUCUGCGCGAUGUCGAGACGGCCCUAGAAACGGUACAGCAGAUGUUUGCCAUUUGGCGAGAGGUUUACGAGGUACAGCUUGCCAACGCGGCUAACGAGCAUGAUAACGAGAAGCAUUCGGAUACGCGUAGCGUUAUCCAGAUGCAAUCGUCCCAAAUGUCCGAUAAGGAUUCAAAUUCUAUCCACGCUGCAUCGCUGGCAGCAUCGCGCAUUGAACAUGCACUUAGCGAAGCGGCUAGCUCACUUAGUUCGUUCAGUCCUCGGCCCGGACCACAGAAGGCUUGGAUGAUUCAAUUCAAGAUUUGGCUCCUGCUGGCGGAUGUGUAUCUAGCAAUCGAACAACCAAAUGAAGCAAUCAACUGCAUCCAGGAAGCAAGUCUAAUUAAUCCCGUUUCGCACCAAGUUAUGUACAUGCGCGGCCAAAUUCAUAUCUUCCAAUCACAGUGGCAUGAAGCCAAACAGUGCUUCCUUAAUGCCGUUUCCGCCAAUCCAUACCACACGGACGCUUUGCGUGCUCUCGGUGAAGCACAUCUGACACUCGGUGAACCCCGGUUGGCGGAAAAGACGCUCAAGGAUGCAGCCAAAAUUGAUCCUAACUGUCCCAAGAUAUGGUUCUUGCUCGGGCGCGUUAUGGAAAGUCUUGGUGAUUAUACGGCUUCGGCUGAUUGUAUGUCGACGGCAUUACAGCUAGAGCCGUACUGCCCGGUGCUACCGUUCAAUGCAAUCGGCUUGGUUUUCGAUUAAGAAUGCAACUAAAUAUUUAAUCCUGCUCGUAACAGCUAACUUAACACCACCACCACGGGUACAUAAUGUAUAGCAGUGAAGACGUUCGUUCAUUUGACUAUUCUUCAUCGAUCGUUGACUAAUUUUAGGAUCCAGAUAAUCAACCAGUGUUAUGCUCUCCACCCUCCUUUACAUUGUCCCCUUGUAUCUUGGCGUGAGCAUAAUCAUAUCAGUUUUAAUAUCGCAAGUGACAAAAAAGACGGUAGACGGUCUCUGGAAGAACAAAAGUAUUAUGUCACGUUGCGUGUCAUUCUUUGGUAGAGUAAACAUGUGGUUCCUUUUCUUCGGGGUGGGAUGCAUUUUUAAGAUUUCUUGUCUUGUUUUAUAAUUUGCGCGGUGCAUUUGUAUUUGUUAUACCUUUCAGUCAUAAUAAUAUUGUUCCCAAGUAAUUUUACUUUAUCACUCUGUGAUCGUAUCGUUAUUAGUUAAAAUUGAUGUGGUGUUUUCUAUGGGGCACAUGUUUGAGAAGGUUAAUUCAUCUCGGGUAUUCAAUACGCGUGCAUACAUUGCAGAUAGCACCUUUUGUUAACUUCUCUACUGCGGAAUGAUGAUGUAUUAUCAAUAGUCAUGUUUAAGGAAAUGGAAACCAAAUAAGUAUACAAUAAAGUUCG